AUGAGAAUGAAGCUUCUUAAUCCCUCUCUCUUUUUCUUCUUCAUGUUCUUCCCAUGUUCUAGAAGUUGUAACUCAAAUGACAAAACUACUCUCCUCAAGAUCAAGAAGUCCUUAAACAACCCUCAAAUCCUCAACUCUUGGGACGCCAAAACCGACUGCUGCACCAACUGGACCGGCGUCGUGUGCACUCACCGCCGCAUAACCGGCCUCACUAUAGCUGCCGGAGACGUCGUUGGUCAGAUAGCGGAGGAGAUAGGAGACCUCACUGACCUCGUUAUCCUAGACUGGAGCAGUCUCUCUCGACUCAGAGGCACCAUUCCACGCUCUAUCACCAAGCUCAAGAAUCUAGUAUACCUUCGGUUUAGGAUAACCGAACUCUCUGGUCCAGUCCCGGAAUAUAUCAGCGAGCUUCGGAACGUUACCUUCUUGAACCUCUCCUUUAACCGGUUUAACGGUUCAAUACCGGGUUCGAUUUCUCAGAUGCAGAGACUUGAGACCAUACAGCUCAGUCAUAACAAGUUAACCGGCUCUAUACCGGAAUCUUUCGGUUCCUUUGUUGGAAAGAUCCCAAAACUCUACUUAGGUAAUAAUCACCUCUCAGGAGAAAUACCAAAGUCAUUAUCCAAAACCAACUUCAACACUGUCAUUUUGUCAGGAAACAAUUUUAGUGGUAAUGCUUCAAUGUUCUUUGGACAUAACAAAACAACUGUAACACUGGACUUGUCUAGGAACAACUUCCACUUCGAUCUCUCAAAGGUAAAACUCGCCAAGAGCUUGGUGUCACUGGACAUCAGCCAUAACCGUGUUUUCGGAGAGCUUCCUUUGGAGCUGACCAAUCUCAGACUAGACCAUUUUAACAUAAGCUUCAACAGUCUUUGUGGGUCCAUCCCACAGGGAGGUCUGAUACAGAACUUCGAGGUCUAUGAGUUCUCCAACAACCUCUGUGUGUGUGGGGCGCCUCUCAAGCGUUGCUAGCCAAUCAAUCAAACACAUUUUGAAAAUGUACUAAGAGUUUUUUAGUUUGCAGAUUAGUUUGA